AUGCGCCUGAUUGAUAUGUCUACCAAAGUCCCGUCAUCAGCUUCGGCGGUCACGGCGCCAACCUUUGCGUCAUUGACAGAAGAAGAGAACGAAACGAUCAGAAUGGCUUUCGACCUUAGCUCCAACCUCCUCCAAGCUUCCGGUACCCACAUCAGCGGCCUCACCAACUCCAUGGCCCCCAUGCUCGCGGGCCAGAUAUUCGACGACGAUAAUGUCGAGAAUGAAAUGCUGCACGGCAAGUUUACGAGGGAAUAUUGGAUUGAUGAAGAUAUUGAGAAGAUCGAUCCUGAAGGGUAUCAGAGUGGGAAGGAGGCGUUUGGGGAGCUGGAGGGGUUGAGGGAGGAGAUUAGAAGGAUUGAUGAGAAGACUGGGAGGGCUUUGUCGUCGUGUUGGGGGAGUCGGGUGGCGGAUUCGGCUACCAAAGAUGACCCCGAUAGAUGGGAUUCGGAUUCGGAGUCCAGUUCGGAUGAGGUCGAUGAAGAUGAGCGUGUGGAGAGGAUGCCCCCGCGAACUGAUCCAGAGAUGUUGUCGUCAACAUCUGGUCCUGUCUACAGCGUGUAG